AUGAAUAAUUCGGAUGAAGAUGAUGCCGUCAUUCACGAAAUCGAUGUUUGCCUAUCAAAGAGUUUAUUCGACAACAUCUAUCUCGUGCAAUAUCCCUUACGUCCGCCUUGGCGUGUCUACGAAAACUCGCUUCUUCAAGAGAUUCGUUUCGAGCCCAAGCAAACAAUUUUGGAGAUGAAAUAUGCCAUUGACGAGGAAGAACUGAAGUCUGUGCGAGAGGAGAAGACCGUGGUUUAUGACUUGUCGAACAAGCCGAUUGAGAAUUCUAUUAAAUCUGUGACAAGCUAUUCUAUUCGAAGUUCAAUUGUGCGAUCCAAAAUUAGCUAUCUGAUGGGAUUGUACCGUGGGAAUGAAUUGUUUGUUGUACCUAUCCGAGAGAGUCUGCAAAUGCGUCCAAAUUUGAGUUAUAUCAACGAGUCGGAUGAAAAACUACGUAAGAAGAAAGAAGAUCAAGCGCGGCAAAUAGCCGAGGAAAAAUCCAAGCUGAAUUUAGUGUCUUCAGCAAAUUGUACGGCCGAUACACAAGACACGUUGAAACCUGUCAAGAUUCAAGUAAAGGGUCGAGACGCUGAGAAGCCAUUGGCGCCAAACGUUAGUGUUGAUACUCGCCUUGAUCAGCUGGAGGCAGAGGAAGAAUUUCAGGUUCUUGAACUCGUUCAUCGGGAUAGAAUUGAUGCAUUGGUUCUAUUUGAGCAAUUUGUUGCCGGUGGAAAACAAAACAUCAAUCUUGAAAAAAUAACUGGAAAAGCCUAUUUGAAUAUGAUCACUUGCUCUUCAGGCGAUCAGUUUUCUAAAACUGGUCAAGUCAAUCCCUCAAAUAUGGUCAAUGCUAAUUCUGAUGCAGCCUCAAAUUCAAAAAAUUUGGUACAACAACAAACCACUUCACCAUUGUCUUUACACACCAUUCUACAACUUCCUGUUCAUCAACAAAUUUCAUUGAUGAUGGCAAGUGCCAAUGUUAUGACAUUCUCCCAAAUUAUUUCUUACUCUACUUUCAAAGACGAGGCAGCUGUCCUUUCUGAGCUUAAUAAAUGUGCCUUUCUUGUGCAAGGCGUCUGGGUCAUAAGGCAUCCCCCUGGUCUUCGAGAUCAUCUCUUACCAGCCAGGAACUGGGCUCUAGGGCAAUACGCUCUUCAAUAUGAGGAAGGCUCUGCCAAAAUACCCUACUUGAACCGCAAGUCUAUUGCGAAUCAUUGUCGAAUCUCACCAGAAGAGGCGAAGGAAAUUCUAAAUUCCUUAUCAAUUCUCGUCCCUUCUAUGGGCUGGCGACUGCGCGAGGGGCCAGACGUUGAAUUCAUCCAGUCUCAUCGCGAACUCUAUUCGAAAUACAUGUCCUGGUGGCAAAAAACGUUCCAACAUCUUACUAACAAUUUCGGUUCAAUCAAGAGCGACUCAUCUACUCAAACUUCGGAAUACCAAGACAAUUCAACUCGACACUCGAUCCUAAAUGAUCCCUGUGAAAUUUUGGGCGCUGAAAUCAAAUUAACACAAGCUGCUCAAAUGCAGCUCCAGAAUUUUUUGAUUUCUGCUUUUAACAAGUUCGGUGUUCUCAAUCUUCAAUCAAUUUCUGUCUUGCUCAAGCAAGCAGCAUAUAAUGUUCCGGAGUUCCAGUCUCUCAACAUCUGCGACGAACUCCUCUAUAGAGAACUUCCCAAAUUUUCCAUGCAUAUUCGAGACUCUUGGUUUUUAAAAAAUGUAGCAGAUAAAACUGUUGACGAAUAUCGCACACAAAUUAUCACCUUGUUCCAAGGAAAAGCACAAUUGCAACGACAAGAAAUUAUCCAAUCUAUACGCACAUCUCUUGGAAGGUCUAUUCCAAAAAAUAUCUAUACUAAAAUUAUGAAGGAACUGGCCACUGUAUCACUUCAAUCGGACGUCUGGAUCCUCAAAUCCGGAUCAAUAUAA